CAUAUUAUUCUCAAGCCGAACCUGCUUUAAGGAUCAUUUAAUUUGAAGCCGGUUCUGUUGUCGAUUACUGCGCAAACUCACCAACGGCCUACGCAAGGUUCAAUUGGAGUCAAUUUUUCGCUACAAGACUGUCUCUCUAUUUACAACUCUGUGGUUUAUGAUCCUACCUAACCUAUAAAAGCUCGGCGGUGUGUUUCGUCUGUUGUACCUGUACGUUUGUUUUUAAGGUUUAGUGCUUGAGAUUUUUUUCAAGUAAGAGCCAAUGCUUUGUUUAUUAAUGAGCGCUUUCGCUUUAUGAACUAGUUCAGUGUUACAUUUGUAAAUAAGGGUAAACAAGAAUUGUGGACAAGAUACAAAAGUUUUUGAAGAUAGCACUGAACUUCAAUAACAAAUUCUCAAUUUACUUAGUGUAGAUAACGUUAUGUUGGAUUCUUGCAGUUAUGUCGUGGACUAGGAAUAAAGUGACCGUAUUGCUGGAGGAGUACAGGAGUCAGGAAGUGGCCGAAUAUGUACAAAAUUAAAUCGGCAAAUUAUAAAAACCGUAAUUUACGGAAAAAGGCAUUAGACGCAAUACAAAGCGAAUUAAUUAAAAUAAAACCCGAUGUGACAAUCCAAAAAAUUCAAAACAAGUUCCAGUCAUUGAAGCAGAAUGCGAACAAGGAAUUUAAGAAGUGCAAUAAUUCGAAGAGAAGCGGUGCGGACCAGGACGCAGUUAUCGAGCCAUCUUUAUGGUACUAUGAGAUGCUACGUUUCAUUUUUGAUAAUUGUUCUCAAAGGGAAGCGCUUGAUUCGUUCGACGAAAUCGAAUCGCAAGAUGAUGUGGUUAUGAGUGAUGAUGACGAAAUGCAGGAAUAUGUAAUUGAAGAAGUGUUGCAGUAAUCUGAGGUAACAAUAUUUAAUGUAAAUUUUAAAUUAGGCAUACAAAGGCUUUCCUUUUUUCAAUCUCAUUAGGUAAAGGAAAGGCAGGAAGUGUAAAGAAUGUUAUGCAUUUCUACAUUAUGAUUAUAUAUGAACAAGUUUUGCUUUUGUUACAUGCCAUACGCAUUUUAUUUUUUUUUAUAGAUGCAGGAUGAUGAUAAUUCACACUGUCAUCCUCUCCGGGUAUGUUGCGCCUGAUGGAAUUGUUGUACCAGAAGGACCAGUGACGACUCCAUCAGGUGGUCGCCCGAAAAAGAAAAAGAAACAAGAGGAUGUCAUUAUGACAAAAGUGUCCACCACUUUAGACAGUGUUACACAUGCUCUUGUCAGUGGUCAAACGAAAAAAGAAAUGAAGAAUCAAAACGAAGUAUUUGGUGAAUUUGUCAGCAUGAAAUUGAAUCAAAUAAACAAAAUUGGUGUUCGCAACAAAGUCGAAUCAAAAAUAAUAUCUAUAUUAUAUGAAGGGAUAAAUGAAUGUAUGGAGUGAAAUAGAAUAAAUAAAUUAUUACAUUUUUAUUUUUUGUAGAUAUACUUAACAUUAUCAACAUUUAGCAAUUUCCUUUUGUUACAGCCGAAUCUUGCCAGGGCACCGCACCAGCUGAUGAAUUGAAGUAGUCUUUGUAUUCAUCUCUAAUUAAUCUUGCAGAUCUUUUUGACUUAUUUCCUGAUUGCUGCCCAAUUUGUAGACAACUACUUUGUCUUGCAUAAUUUUCUGAGUUUUCUAUAUACUGUGAGCUUUCACAAGCCAAAAAGUUAUGUAAAAGCACACAUGUGAACGUGAUAAGUUCCACUUUUUCUGGACUUAGAUGUAUCGGAUUUAAAAGAACACGCCACCUAUUUGCUAAAAUGCCAAAAGUGCUUUCUACCAUCCGUCUAGCUCGUGAUAGUCUAUAAUUAUAUAUACUUCUUUCAUAUGUUAAGUCUCGCUGAGGAAAUGGCUUCAUAAGGUUGUCUAAAAGUGGAAAAGCAUCAUCACCUAUAAACGCAUAUGGCAUUGCUGUUGAUCUUCCUGGUAAAACCCGAGGUGUGGGUAAGUUUAGAGUGUUUGCUCUUAACCUUUUAUAUAAGCCACACUCGUCAAACACACCUCCAUCGCUUAUCCUACCAUUGACACCAAUAUUUACAAAAAUAAAACGAUAAUUUGCAUCUACUAGGCCCAAUAGAACAAUGCUGUUUGUGCCCUUAUAGUUGAAGUAGUAUGAGCUUGACGAUAUUGGUGCUGAAAAAGUGAUAUGCCGACCAUCUAUAGCACCUAAGCAAUUAGGAAAAUCCCAUUUAUGUUCCUAUUCCGUAGCAAUUCUCCGCCAAUCUUGAUUGGAGGGCACCUAUAAUUUUUACUUAACAUUAAAUUAUGAACUUUAAACAACCACAAUAAUACCUUUAAAUAUUUCGCUUUCAAAUGUCUACAUAUAGCAGCACAAGUUUCAGGAAUUAUUUUUGAAAUUGUGCUUUCAUGUAUUCUUGUACUGUACAUAAGUGAUCUGAAUGUUUCUCCAGUUGCCAAAAAGCGCAGUGUUACGUCUAGUCUGCAAAUUAAACGUUUACCUAUAGAAUACUAGUUUGUUGCAUAUGUCUCAUUUGAGGAUUAUUAAUUAAAUAAAAUGAAAGCUUCUUAUCCUUCGGUAUAUAUGCUUGCCUAUGUUUUGCACUUAUGCUACCACGCAUGAAUGUAUUUUCUUUCUUGAUGUCAUCUCUAAUCAAAUUUAACAAUACUUUAAAUUGGGUGUAAUUUACUCUAAGGAAAUUUUUAUACGCAAGAGGAUCUUCUAUUUUUAAUUCGUUGUUCAGUAAACCCAAUGUACCCUUAUGUUUUUGGCCUAACCAUCUUUUUGCCCAAAUUUUUCUUCUCCUAACAUUACGUUUUCUAACUUUAUACAGUAAUAGAGAACCAAUGGUCACCACAAGUAGCAUUGAUAACUUGGUUACUUUGUCCAUAAUUUGUCUUGAUAAACUAAGAAAAAUAAACAACAAUUUAAUUGAGGAUAUUUACAGAGAGGUUAUAUUUAUUUAUGUGACACGGACGAAACAGUUGCCAAUUAUGAGUAGGAUUCUGUAAUUCUGUACAAAACUGCGCAUGCGUAUCGAAAUAAA